AGUUACUGGCUGAAGCCUCAGCUGGUGAUCCUGCCUAGCCUUCCCUUCCUGGCAGCGCUGAGUCUAACCGCGAAUCUAUUUUCAAGAAUGGUAGAGCAGUAGGAUGCCUCCUGUUUCAAAGCUGCAGAGCAUAGCAUUUGGCUGGGGUUUCUAUUUCGGAUAUUAGCGCUCAGCUAGAUGCUCGAUGUGGUAUCAGUGGGUGUAAGGGACUCCCGAGUCCUGACGACCAUAAAGUAACGAGCAUGCCACCGUGACCCGUGUGAAAUCCUUGGAAAUCUCAAGUCUUUGUAAGGGUACUAUUCAGCCUUCUUUCUUUUCUCUUUUGCAGGGCGUGCAAAGUUUGAGAUCGUCAAGAUGGCAUACCACUGGCACAUCAUCUUCUCCUUCGUCUUCCUCGUUCUCCUCUCCUUUGCCGCUGCGGACGGAGUACAAUCCUUAGGCUCCUCAGACGGCUUUAACGGUCUGCGUAGCUGCGCCCGUGGUUGCUACAACGGCGGCAGUCACGAUGGUUCCAUGCUCGAGAGCAAGUUAGAAUGCGACAAGCCAGGAUUAGGAUACCAACCCUCGGACAACGACUGCUUCUGCCGGCCGGAUUUGCAAGAGAUCGCCGUUCGACAUCUGUCGACUUGCGUGUACACCUCUUGUACCCAGAACCAGUUGGAUAUUUCGAGCGCGACUCAGGUCUACAAGGACUACUGCUCGAGCGCUGGGUAUACCGCGGCUGCACCAGUGUCCGUUGCGGCCCAGCCAACCACCGAGGAAUCGCAGCGACAACAACACGGGCAGGCUCCUCGGGCUCAGUAGUCAAUACCGGCGCCCCGAACUCGAACCAAACCGCCGGUGACAGCGCCCGGGCAUCCGAUUCCGGGCUGAGCCUCGGGGCAAU